GUGGAUUUUGUUGAGCAGGCUGCACCAGGAGUGGACGCCCUGUCCUUCACCCAAGAAAUGGCAACAAAAUGGGACAUUACUCUUGUACCAGUAGCCGUCACUGACAGAACGUGGGCUACUACAAUUGCUGGGAUUUCUUUUGGUUUAUCAUCAUUGGGAUAACACUGCUGAAUAACUCAAGGCAAUUCUGUGUUGCUCUCUCCAGCAUGAGGACAACAGGCAGCCCUGAAAUAUCUUCUCUGUUGAGUAACAGAGGUGGGAUUUAAGUGUCAGGAAGCUGAGGAGUCAUGAAAAUGCUGCAGCGAGAGCAGCAGCUGAGGACUUCAGCCUCUCCUGUAACCAGGAAUCCAACACUCCGGCCCCAGCAGUAUGGACUGUUACACGCCUCAGGCAAGUCGUCGGCACAACCCAGUGGACAGCAUCUGCCGCAAACUGCAGACCAUUCAGUGGCGGGGUGACCGAGAGCCAAAUUCUCCCUUUCAGAUUCCCAAGCUCUCCUCAAGCAAUUACGACAGCCCUCAGUGUGGCCUUAGGCACAACCUGGAGGCCAUCCUGAAGAAAGGAGCGCUCCACAAUGAUGAGGUGGAGAGGGGAAAGGACAUGGUGAAAGGGAGAGGGAUGGGGAUGCCAACCUCUGCAUCCUCCCAGAGGAGCAGCCUGGGUCCCUCUGUCCCUCCUUCAGUGCCUUCAACCCCCGCGUGCACCCCUUCUAUACCAGCUAACAUUACAUACACAAUCACUAGCACUCUGGGAGAGAGGAGAGGAGCAGAUGGAAGUGAUUUAAGUCAAAUGAAGACAUGGCAGCGAUAUUGUUCAACACCCACAGGGCAAUCCAAAGAUUCUCCUUAUUUUACAUUCACAAAAGGACCUCAGUCUGUGCAGUCACAGAGCGAGACGCCGAGCACGAGCCAGCCUCUUUCUCGGACCUUCACACCAAGUCACAGCACCCACUCUUACAAUGUCAAUUUCUGCUCUGCGGACACAAUAAACUUGACAGAGUGCGAGCUGCCCUACCCUGCUCUGGUUGUCAAAAGACUGUCUAUGGGAGAUGGAGGGACAUCACAGGCCUCAGAAAACAAGAAGGAGAACAUGGCAGAAAUCAGCCUCAUCUGUGAGGAGAAUCUGUUGGACACCAUCUUCUAUGCCUGUGACACACAGCGUCGAGGUAAAGUGUUCGUGUCUCACAUUGUGGACUAUCUGCGGCACACCACCAGUCGAAGCUCGGAGGACAGUGGACUGGAUGAGCUUUGCAACAUGCUGGAUCCGGAACACAAAGAUGUUUCCAUUGACCUGGACACCUACCACGCUGUCAUGAAGGAGUGGAUUGAUGACUGCCGCAAUAACAGUGAUGAAACAACAAAUGACUUCACUCAGGACUCUGUGAAACCUAGAGACUGCUUGUCUGCGAAGAGGUCAGUGCUGCUCAAUAUGACCUCAGGAAGUUUGGAGGCCUUUGGAGGGGAAGCAUCCAGACUUGAGUUUGAAACAUCAGAGCUGGUGUAUUGUGUUGCUGACCUCCAGAUGAGUAACCAGAAGCUGCAGGAGGAAGUGAAGAAGCUGAAGCUAGUGGUGGAGGGCAUGGAAGACACAAACCAAAAGCUGGCAGAGGAAAAUGAGGACCUACGCAACCAGACCAGGGUUAACCAGCAGCUGGCCCAGAAGGAGAAACUGCUGAAGGAUGAGGUGGAGGAGAUGAAGGCAACUCUGAGCUGUACUGAGGAAGGCAGAGCUCGUGCCUCCGCACACAGCAAACAUGUGGAGAAAGAGAACCAGGGUCUCAUUGCCAAGAUUGCCUCUCUUCAGGAAGAGAAUUUCAAGCUAACCAUGGAGAUGGAUGAUCUUCAGAGAAGAAUAGCAGGGCUGUGUGAAAUUAAUGCUGACCUUCAGGUGCAAAUUCACUCUUUUGAUGCUGUUGUCAGUGACAAAGAGACUGUGAUACACGAGAAAAGCAAACAGAUAAAUGAGCUGAAGGCAGCAGUGGAGGAAUACUCCUCCAUCACAGAGCUGCUGAGGGCAGACAAGAGCAAACUGGAGAGCCAGAUGCAGAUGUUGCAUCCUCAAUUAGCUGGGGCUAGUGUGUCCCUGUCAGUGGCUUACAGAUUAAACCAGAGCAGCUCAGGAUCCCUACAGACAGAACUGGCUUUGGCACAAUCACCACUGGGGGCUCCUCAUGGAGUUGACCAUUUGUCCACUACUAUGAACAUCACCUCUCCACUAGAUGAGACACUGGACAGAGAGGUGUUUCUGCUGCUGCAGGGACCCAGUCCUGAACACAUGGCUCUCGAGUUUAAGAGUCUUCUAAAAAAACUGAAAAUGAGUUUUAGGGAAGAAUCCGACUUUGUCUUAUCCACAGUUAAAGGCAUGGUGGACAACACAGACAAUGAUCUUCAGACGGUGCAGGCAGAGCUGGAUGCGAGGAGGGCCGACUGGGCCCUUGGCCUGGACCAGCUGGCCCAAUACACAGACUCACUGGAGAAGGAGCUGAUCAAAAUGGCCAGUAACAUGAGGAGGUCUCGCACCGAGAUCCUCCACCUUUCAGUCAGGGUGCAAGAGCAGGAGAACCAGAAGCGACAGCUGGGUGAGGAACUGGAGCAGCUGAAGACACCCCAGGACAGCAGAGAGGCCUCAUGUCAGACACCUGCACCAGAUGAAGAGCCUGCAGAUGGAUACUUGGACUGGGAUGAGGAGUUUGCCCUCCAAGACUUCCUGAAGAGUGAGCUGGCAGAGGGGAAUUGCCAGGUUCUGGAUGGACAACCUGAUGGAGGACCUAAGGAUAAAGGGAACAAAUUAACAGACAGAAGUGAGGAGGAAGAUGGGGUUGAGAGGUGGAUGGUGGUGGAUACUGAAGGAGAGGAGAGGGACACGUCAACUCCUCUGUCUGCUUUCUCUGUGGGGGCAAAGCCCGAGCAGGGCAUAGUGGAAGAGAGGCGAGACAUUUGCACUGAGUCAGAGGUGAUGUGUCAACCUUUGCAGGAAAAAGCAGCAGCGCUAUUGAGCGCCCACUCACAAGCUGUCAGCUUUAGACACCCAGAGGCUGAAGCUCUCCCUGAUCCAUCCCACUCAGAGAAGAAUGCCUCUUCAGAAGUCUCUGAAACAACAAAGAAUUUGUACAACUCACCUGAACAAGAACAAACAGUCACACCUGGUAACACCCCUCCCUCAGCAGCAGACAUGGUCUCUCCUGAUGGUACAUCCCCUGGGCCAGAUGAGACCAUUGCCAAUAAUGAAAGCAGUGAGCCGACCACUGAGGACUACAAGGAAGGAGGAGAAAAGGAAGGCAAAGCGGACUCGAGCACAAGCGACAUGAACUGCUUUAAGAGCCUGAGCCUGGACCAGCUGGCAGACAGAUCAGCAGCUGGGGACACCACAAGCCUACUACCUGUGUUGAUAGAAGAGGAAGAGGGUGUGCAGGAUCAUUCAGCUGAAGUUCCAGGAGAAGCCGUCAGCAUGGCAGAUACAGACCGGCUCAACCACAGCAACUUAUCUUACAGCAGCUCCUCUCAGUCAGGACCAACCUUUACACAGAUCGGCCAAUCAGGGAGUGGCAUGGGCAGUGUGACCUCUGACCCCUGCCAAUCAGAGGACAAUGCAGCCAGAAAGGACUUUGGAAAAAAUAAGAGGGAACUGGAGCUGUCUCACGGCAUGGUGGCCGUCGAGGAGCACAAGGUUGAGGAGGACCAAAGUGAGGACGGCAUGACCAAUGGGAAGGAAUCUGAGCCACCAAUUAUAUCCAACUCCAGCGACAGCUUUAAAGAGGACCGGAACAGCCCGUCACCCACUGACAAGGAGAUUGAGGCAGAGUUCCAGCGUCUGGCACUGGGCUUCAAGUGUGACAUGUUCACACUGGAAAAGAGACUCCGGCUGGAAGAGAGAUCACGUGACCUGGCUGAGGAGAAUGUCCGCAGGGAGGUGUCCAGCUGCCAGGGCCUACUGCAGGCUUUGAUUCCUCUGUGUGAGGAUGACAACCAGUCCAUGGAGAUCAUCCAGAGACUCCAGAAGAACCUUGAUAUCCUCAUCCAGUCCAUGACCAGGGUGUCCAGUCGCUCUGAGAUGCUAGGAGCUAUUCAUCAGGAGAAUCGUAUUGGUAAGGCUGUGGAGGUGAUGAUCCAGCAUGUGGAGAACCUGAAGAGGAUGUACACCAAGGAGCACGCUGAGCUGCUGGAACUGAGAGAGACACUGAUGCAGAAUGAGCGGUCAUUUGGAUCACAGACUGAAAGAGAUGACUUCCGUGGUAAGAAGCAGGCAUCAUCAUCGCAGUACUACAAGCCAUCAACCCGGCGGGUCAGCAUAGCAGCAAUCCCCCGCUCUGGUGGAGGCAACAUGCUCUUUGACAUGUCUAAAACACAAGAUGGCAUGGAAACUGAAAUGGAGAGACUGACCAGGCGAUCCCCAUGGAAUGUGGCAGGGAAGAACACGGCCCGCCCUCCAUUAAAACGCUUUGUUAGCUCAGCGGCCUGGGUUGAUACUGAAGAACCCUCUCUCAUGAUGAAGGGUGUGUUUGUGAAUGCCCGACCCACGCGUGCCCACAGGAUGACCUGCAACAACACAGACUGCCAGUCAGAGGAUGAGCAGCAGCAGCAGCAGCAGCAGAAGGAGGAGCCAGUGGCAGAGAGGAGGAGGUCCAGUCUCUGUGAGCUGGGCAGCAAACUCACCUCCUUCAUUCUGCCACUCAAGACGAGUCAGGAUGAGCUGUUUGUUAUGCUUCCAAGCCCUUCCUCCAGCCCUACAUCUACAGACCCAGGAGUGGCCCAGUCUCUGUCCCAUAGCCUGACCUCUUCCAGAGCAGCAGCAGCUGUAGCCAGAGGGGGUAGGGGCCUCUGGCUCUGGUUGGCCUUAUUGUUGGUUUUGGCAGGUCUCUUGGCUCUGCUGGCCAGCCUGGUGAUGCAGCCAGCAGUAGAUGCUGCCCCUGUGGGGACUGGAGACUCCUGGAUGACCAUCCAGCAGCUGCUGUGGCCCUACGCGGGGCUCCGGCACAACGGGCAGCCCCCUGUCUAGCCCUCUAAAUCCAGGGUUGAUGGUGCUAUCGCCCAUUGGCCUUGUACAGAGGUUGUCUGUGCACUUGAGUGGUGAUGAAGAGGGGGCAGAACACUACUCCUGAAUGGACGUUUAUUGGUGCCUGAAGACUCUUAAAAAUUACUUUGACAGCACUGGUCAGUCCUCAGGGGAAAGUUAACCCUAUAGAGGAUUUCAUAUAUCACAUCACGUUUGCUAAAGUAGUUAGUCUGUGUGUGAGGAUCUGUGUGUCUGUGUUGUAAGAGCAGAUGCAACUGGUAGUGACCAGUGUCCUAUACAGUUGGCCGGUCCCAAUCUUUACCGCAUUAUGAUGCGGUUUAAAAUAUCAGUGCUGUGGACAGCUAUCAACCAGGAUCCACCAUAUGUCAAAUCGGGCUUGAUCAACAUAUCUGACACAACGCUGAACAAUCGUGUCACAGCUCAGUCAGGAUGAUGGCACUGGUCCACAAAGUCAGACAAUGGGCCAUAGUGUACUUCAUUGCCAAACAUCAUGAACAAUGGCUCCGAUUGUGCCACUUGGCUUUUUAAACACAUUUCCUGCACUUGAAGAUACAAAAACAGACUGGCACCAUUUAUAGAAAGGAACAUUUUCAUUCCUGUUCAUUUUUAGUCUAUAAUCACUGGAAAUAAAACAAAUUUUAGGUGGUUUUUAAUGUUUUGAAAUCUAUAUUUAUAAAUAUGUUAGAUUUGUGUGGAGACAUAAGAAUAUUUGUUUAUUUUUGUUAAGUUGUAAUUUAGCAUUGUUACAGGUUUAACACCAAAGGUUUUGUUUGUUUUUCCUCUUACAUUCUUUCUGUGGUGGUCACUGUUUUCAACUUGAUACACUUUUCUAUGUUCCAAAGAGGAUGCGUACAUUUUUGCACAAAUAAAGUAGCCUAUUGUACAAUUAAAAAACAUGCUUUAUUUGCAUCCAACCUUGCAUUCCGAACUCGGGCAUUUAAAUUGGUCAUUUCCAACAGGUUCAUGAAUACAUGAGGGGUCUGGUGGCACAGAGAAGAUUCUGCACUGUAUUGACAAACAGAUAAUUGGAUUCUCUGGUCCUUACUAUGCCAUCAGUGCUCAUGUCGUCCUGGAGCAUGUGGAUAAAGGUUGAAUGCAACUCACUGCCAGGAUAAUGGUCUGGACAGAAAGCCUCACUCUUCUCUGUGAUCUCCAGCUUCAGGCUCAUCUGAGCCCCCAGCAGGUAGAGGUGCCACAAGUCCUUUGGUACAGGAGUGGGGCCAUGGUGCUCACAUGCCUGCAGAGAGGACAGGGAAGACACGGGAGAAAAGAGGAAGAAUCAAAAGUAAAUGUACAGUAAUUUCCUGUCUGUCCAUGGCCAAUAACCUUACCGUCAACUAGAAAUAAAUAAUUUCUUCCGUC